GCGCAGCGCCCCGGCCCGCCCCUGCCUCCCACCGGCGCCGAUCGUUGGCCGCCGCCCGCCGCCGCCGCCGCCGCCAUGUCCCGCCGCCCGGUGGGGGCCCCGCGGAGCCGAGAGGAGCGGCCGGGCAGCGCCGCGCAGUUCAUUGCAGGCUGUAUGUACCGAGUAGUUCAGACGACGGGACCAGAUGGAAAAAACCUUCUGAAAUUACUUCCAAUUUCUAAAUCUUCUGGAAACUUUGUGCCAAUAGUUCAGUCUUCAGCCAUGUCAAAUAAUCCUAAAGGGAACAUUUCUAGUCCGGUUCAUCUUACUUUUAAGACACAGCUUGCCAAUACUACUGCACCUUCAUCUGUUAAGAUACCUGUUUUUCAGUCUCCUAAUCCUGGAAAGAUAAUUCUUACAAGGACAUUAGACAAACAGGAAAGCGUUAGAGCAGGUUCUGAAACAGAAAGCUUAACUGCAAAAUCAGCUGCUAACAUCCAGAGCAGUUGUGUUUCGGCUGAUAGACUGUCUUUGCAGAACAUUGCUGUAACAAGUUCAUCUAACCAGAGUAACACUGCAUACAUGUUGGUAAACACAAAGAGUCUUCCCGCUACUAUGAAGUCUCCAGUACUGCCCUCUGACCACCACCUCCAGAUACCAGCUGAUGCAGAAGUGAAAUCUGUCCCAGCUUCUUUUUUACCGCCUGCAAUACAGCAAAAAAUACUUGCAGCUGCAGCAACAAAUGUGUCUGGAGGAGCUGACAGUACGAAAACGCCAACUGUUAUUUACGUGUCACCCGUGAACGCAGUGAAAACAGUACUUCCCAAGCAGUUGCGAACCAUUUGCCCCAAAGCCACCACAGACGUUUCAAAAACGUUAAUAAUGACCGCUACACAAACGGCAAAUUGUUCUUCUCCUGAGACGGUAACACCUGAUGAUCAGCAGUGCCAGCAAACACCAAUGAAGUGGAUUGUGCAAGAAAGUCCGCAGUUAUCAGCGCCUUGCCUUAUUCCUGUAAAGUCAUCGAACAACGUGGCUUCUAAGAUCUUGAAAACUUUGUCAGAUAUGAAGAAUGUAGAAGUUAACUCUGCGAAUAUUUUACCGCUCUGUUCUAGUGGUCCUGGUGGAAGCCAAACAAAAAUCACACCUCUUAAAGAUAAUGCUCUGGUCAUGUACAGUGGGAAAGUCUAUUUGUUGACCAAAAGAGGUUCUGACGUUCUGUCAGCCCACGUUGACAAACAAGCAUCUUCCUCUUCUGAUGCUUCACUUAAAAAGGAGGCAUCCAAGCUAAUUGCUUCUACUGAAGUCACUAAAAUAACCAAUAAAGUGGUGAAUCUGGUAUUGUCAAAAAGCAAAGGAAUGGUGCUGUCUCAGAAAGAUCCAAAAAUGUGUACAAAUGCAGAAGUUUCUCCACUGGCUGGUUUAAGAAAUGACUUAAAAUCCGCACCUGCAGCUCUGGUGACACCAAGCAUUAAGGAGCACAGUUCCGCUGUAAUCCAGGGAAAGAGUUUGCCCCUGACCAAGAGCAUUUCAAGUGGAGUGACCCCUAUUACAGCAGUAGGGACACAGGAAAAUAUAUGCCAAGGUGGCAAAGAAACGAUUCAUUCCCCCAGAGCAGCAAGUGCUGUUUUACCUCAGUCUAAACAAGAGUGUGCUUUCAGUGAAGACUGGCAAAAGGUCCAGCGUGAAAAGAUGGAUUCACAGGGAAAAGUUAAUCAAAUCAAACACCAAGAGAAGCCACACUGGAAACAAUACUUGGAAUUAAGGAGAAAAUUUGGUCUCUCCAAGGAGGAGAGAGUCUACCUUAAGAGAAUACCAUUGAUAACCUCCAGUGAGAAACCAGAUGAAAGGGUGUGUUCCAGUAACAGCUUGAAAACGAGAAAUGACUCUUGCAGUUCAUCAUCAUUAGAUGUGACAAUAACAAAUCAACAUCAGGAAUGUGUUAAAGAGGAAAAGAUAAUUGUGGAUCUGGAAGAUUCAUCUAAGAAAAGAAAAAUAAAAUCCCCAUUGGUGUCAGACAGUGGAAAGAGAAGGAAGACAUCAGUCAAAUCAACCACAAGUUCAAAUUCAGAAGAUACUGGCCCGAGUUCCAUCCUACUUAACAGAAGUGCUUCUCCUCCACCAGUCUUACUGCAGCAAACUACUUCCACGGACUUUGUUACAUCCUCUGUAGGGAGGGACUCCGAGCAAGAGACAUGCUCUCAAAAUAGUGAUGUUAUAGACUCUCAUAUUCCAGUUUUAGUGUCUUGUGAAGAUCAUACUUCAGUUUUUGAAGGCUCUUUCAGAGAUGAUGCUUUCCCUUUGACUCCGCCAGACUUGGAUGAAACAAUCCGGGAUGAAAAGAUAAAACGACUUAAACAGCUCUUAAGAGAACGAGAAGCAGCACUUGAAGAGAUGCAGAAAAAUGCAGCAAACCUGAAAUACCGAAGGUGGUGAUCUGGACCAUAUGCAUCUUCAUUUCAGUGAUUUCAAGAAGAAAUAGUGUUUAAAUAAACAUGAAUAUUUCUGGUAGACAGAGGAUCCUUUAAGAUUUCUUUAAAAAAAUUCUUUAAAAAUUUACUAUAUAUAUUUAGUAAAGUACAGGGUUCCUGUUAAAGACGAGAAAUAAAAGACUUGGACAUCAUAUUCUGCUUCUGGGACAUGUACACAAAUGGAAGAAUGCAGAAGAGAGGUGUUUUUAUUAUUUUUAGUAUAUUCUCUGUAUUUUGAAUUAAAGGGGUUUCUGUAUUAGCCCUAGAGAAUAAACUUUCCC